AUGAUACAAACGACUCUUGCCAAAUGCCUUCAAGUCUCUUCAAGCAAAGCCUUUCAUCAUUAUCAUUACUUGUCUAAAAGUAAUAAUACUCUUCGACUCUUAGUUGGUGGAUAUCCACAACAUCAUGAUCCCAAUGGAAACACAUUUUUCAACAAUCUUCAUCAUCGCUUCUUCUCAACUUGUUCCAUCACCUUUGCCACUCCAAAAAUUGUCGGAGUGAGUGGUCAGAGCGUUGAAGGUCUUGUAUUCUCUCUUGCUCUCUCUCAAUUAAAUUCUACGAGUAACAAUACACAGCAAGAAAAUCAGAUUAAAUCGAUUGAAGUUUAUUCCAAUCCAAAUCCUCUCAAAGAUGAAGCAUGUAUUUUGUCCCAACAAUGCGUAAACAUGCUGCGAGAUUAUUGUGGAGUUGAUGUAACAAAAUCACCCUAUGCUAAGAAUCUAUCACAUUAUCAUAUUAUUAGAGCCGAUAUUAGGAAUCCAAUUACUGUAAUGGACUUGAAACAUAUUGCACCUCCUGAAGGCUUGUAUAGCAUUCAAAAGAGUUUCCUUUUACAGCUCUUAUUAGAAAAGGCUCAACAAAAUCAAAAUAUUAACCUUGUGAAUGAUAAUGUCAGAGCUAUCACUGAAAGUAAUGGUAAAAUUGCUAUUUCAUCAAAGAAGGCCAUCACAAAGAGACAUGUGGACUUGUUGGUUGCUGCUGAAGAAGAUAUUCAACAUUCUACAGCAUUGAAAUAUUUACAAUCUAAAUUAGGAAAUGAAUCAACCAUGGUUCGCUCUCGUUUCUAUGAAUGCGAUUCCAUUAUUAUGCCAUGUCCAUCUGAUAUUGAUUAUGAAUCAAGAAUGUUUGAAUGGUGGAAUAAUUCCAGUCGACUUACAAUCAUUCCUCUUCCAAAUCAACAACUUGGAUUGAAUAGCAUUCAAUACAUUCCAAAACACAGUGCACUUGGUGCAGAAAGAGUGAAUACUAAUUGUUUACAUUUUGUUUUCAAAAUUCACUCUAAUUUGAGAGACAAUGGUGUUGAUUCUGUUUUGGAUAACAUGAGACAAUUAUUCUAUACUAGAGAUCGAGUGGGUGUUGUUGCAUCCUCAAAAAUUGCCUAUGACCAUGAAUUGAAACAAUUGUAUCACACAAUGGAUGAUUCAAGUGUCGUUGCCAUUGGAAAUGUUGCUCACAGUGUUGAUCCAACAUUGUAUCAACAAACAUUUGUUGCCAUUCAUGAUGCAGUACAAUUAGCAAUUCAUUUGAAGGAACAUGGUUUUACACGUGAAGCACUCGCACUCUAUGAACAAGCAUCUAAAUUGAGUUUUGAUAAAUGUCAGAAGUACAGUGAAGGAAUGGCAACAAUUGGAUUUAAGAAGAGAGUGAACAAGAUUACCUUCAUGUUCAAAUUUAUUUUAGAAAAGUUAAAUGUCAUGAGAUUUAGAAGAAUUGUUUCAAAGGUCAUGAAUGAAUAA